AUGACACAGAGCGAGACAGCCCAGGCUCUUGUUGAGUCCCUCAAGCAACUCGACAACGGGCUGGGCCCCUUGGUCAAACUGUGCUGCCCGAUUGGCAAAACGAAAGAUCAACUCCCAGAAUUUUGUCUCGUCGCCAAGCACCUUCCACUCUUGCGUGACGUCUUUAGGGACAUCUUCCAGAGCUUGAGCUCCGUGGACGAAGAGAAGGAGUCUCUGGAGCUGAACAGCCAAAACUGCCUUGUCAUCCGGCAGGCCGUUGAAGGGCUCGACAGCCAGAUCACUUAUAUCCAAGAGCUUUUCAACGCAGUCAAGGAGAGCCAAAACAAGGUUGAGGACUAUCGCAGGGCCGUCAGAAACGGCAACGGCAAGAGAUUGGAGGUCGUCAUGGCGGAUAUCCUCAAGCCCGCUACAGAUCCAGCCGUGCACCCCUUCGUGGCAGAAUAUAGGACCGAGCUCCUACAAAGCGCACUGAGAGAGUUCGAGACAUUCAACUCUUCCCUGGAGACUGAGUCUCGGAAGGGUGUCACCACGCUGAAUAACUUCGGUGCGGGGAGUCAGUUGUAUCACGGUGGAAGCGGCAACAUCAACAAGUGCGAUGGUGGCCUGCAGAUCAAUGGGCAAAACAAAGAUGCAAAAUACUACUAUGGAACAACGGCAAACAAGGAAGAUUAA